CUUGGCUUUCUCCACUACAAUGGAGUUUCUCUCCAUGCCAAUCGCUUUGGUCCAGACAAUAAGAUUUGCUAGGACUCUCGAAGCAUGGAAAAGAUCGGACUGGCUCAAGCUCAAGCCAACUUUUGGAUAGUCUCGAUAACUGUCUGGAUGCAGCUCUUCACUACCUCGAGUCGAAUCCGUGCCACGAGGAAGAUUAAGAUCUUUGGUAUUCUGACGAGUUCCACCAUUGUGGCCUCGCAGACUGUUUUUGAAGCCUUAAUCGGUAAUAAAUCGAUAGAGUCUGCCAUGUCAGAGGCGAAGCUGGCACAAACAAAGAGACAUCUAUCAGUCCAAGUCGUUGGCACUUGUCAAGACAUAGUGGAGGAAGGAGAAUUUAAUUGCAACACCAUGAAGAGAAGUUUUCAUUCCGAAAGAAUAGCAGCAUUGUGCAAUAAGGAGGCGUUCGACAAAUAUAUUGUUCCACAAGUCAUAUUUUUUUUAGAUACUUGUCCUUCACCUAGGUCGCAUUUCGCGCGACUAUCGAUUCAGAUUGAUGGAUGGAUCUUUUUUUCUCUCGAAGAUACUUGAUCUUUCAGCAGAAGAUCUAUGUGUAAUGCUAGGAGGAACUAAGAUAGCGUAUUCAAGAUUUUUUGUCGAAGGGCCGCUUGCGAAGGAGAAAGUGAGGAGCAUGUAUAGACGAAAACUUUCAACAAUGGGUGGCAGAAUGACUAGUUCAGCUGAAAUGAGACUUGAGACAUUG